GAAAAAAAAAUUAAAAAAUACUAGCUGUUGCCCGCGAAUCCGUCCGCGUGGAAUUUAGUUUACAGUGCUGGGUAUCCCACAUCCUUUCUCAGGGUCUAGACUAUCUGCGUACCAAAUUUCAUCACAAUCGGUUCAGUAGUUAGCAGACAGACAUUGAUGAUAUUUAAUGAUAAUCUCCAUGCGUGUGUGUGUACAGAGGGCACGCAGUCGCGCCCGCGCCCCCCCGCGGUCCAGACGCGGCCGCCGCCUCGCUCCAGCCCGCGACUCUCCGCCGCGCCCAGCAGGCACAACGGCGUGGCGGCCGGCUCAUCGGAGUCAGAGUCCAGUGACGACGAGUCACCGAUUGUGAACAACAAAAAAAAGUCCCCUCGCAGCGGUCGCUCGCCGCGCCAGCCGCCGUCCGCCUCCAGCGACAGCGAACACGACGCGCGCUCAGACAAGGACGCCCCCGGUCAGCGUCGCUCGCUGCGCUACUCGGACGUGACGCGCCAGUUCGCGGCCCGGCGGCGCGGCGUCACGUCCGCCACGUCCGACACGUCCGGGACGCCGCGCCCGGCCGCGCGUCCCGGACGCCCCUCCCGCACCAGCUGCACCUAUAAGGAGGCCUCCGACUCGUCCGACGACUUCGCCCCCAAGAAACUGACGCGAUCCCGCAAACUAUACAAUCCGAACGCUAAGCUUUAGCACAACCUGCAGGUUACUGUGCGGGCACUGCAGUGUCAGGGACGGCGUGUGUUUGACGAUCGAAUACAGACUUUAAAACUGUUCGUAUUAAUUGUAUAUUUGUUUGACGUAGUACUUGACGCACAUUUGUGAACUUUCUGUGGAUAGUUUUUGAGUCAGUUUUUGAUUAUUCAGAGAUCUGCUGCUCCGCCACCUGACACUGCAGUGUACUGCGAUGCUGAGUCAUUGAUGUGGCCCCUUGUGUUCAGUAGCGAGAGAGCUUCCAAAUCAUAUUAUGUUGUAUCAGAAUUGUUAAUAUUGUAUUAGCUAUGGUGCGGCAUGGCAACACUGUUCAGAAAAUGAUUAUGAGUAUAUUUUUUAAAUAAAGACUCGUCUGAGUAACUUGUUCUAU